AUGUCGUCCUCUUUCAGCCGCCAAAGCCGCAGCAGCUUCAGCGGCCGCAGCAUCUCCAGCGGCCACGCCAUCAGUGUGAGCAGAGGGAUGCAGCAGGUCGGAGGCGGCCAGAGCAGCAUCUCCAUCGCCGGUUCCGCCUUCGGGAGCCGCUCGCCCAGCGUGUACGGGGGCGCCGGAGGUUUCGGGACCCGCAUCUCGCAGUCGGUCUUCACCUCCGGGUCGCUGACCCCGUACGGCGGCGAGUCUGCCGUGAUCAACAACGAGAAGGUGACCAUGCAGAACCUCAACGACCGCCUGGCCACCUAUCUGGAUAAGGUGCGCACCCUGGAGUCGGCCAACAGGAAGCUGGAGCUGCAGAUCAGAGAGUUCUAUGAGAAGAAAGCUCCUUCUGUCUCCCAAGACUUCACUAACUACUUCGCCACCAUCACUGAACUCCGAGCUAAGAUGAUGCUGCGAUUUUCAGAGAAUCAACGUAUCAUCCUGCAGUGUGACAACGCUCAACUGGCUGCAGAUGACUUUAGGAUAAAGUAUGAGGCGGAGCUGAACAUGCGUACGAUGGUGGAGGCUGAUGUGUUGCGUCUCCGAGGGGUCAGGGACGGCAUGACUCUGAGUAUCAGUGACCUGGAGUUGCAGAUAGAAAGUCUGAAAGAGGAGCUUGUGUACAUGAAGAGCAACCAAAAGGAGGAGCUACAUCACCUGAGGAUCCAGCAGACUGGCGGGGUCAAUGUGGAGGUGGACAGCCCAGAGUCUGUUGAUCUGAACGCGGUCCUAGAGGAGAUGAGGGAGCAGUAUGAAGCUGUGGUGGUGAAGAACAAGCUGGAGCUCGAGAAAUGGUUCCAAUCUAAGGUGGAAUCUCUUGAGAAGGAAAUCACAAUACGUUCACAAGAUGUGAAGACAUUUUACUCGGAGCUGUCAGAGAAGAAGAGGAGCUACCAGAGUUUGGAGAUCAGUCUUCAAAGCAUCCUCACAGAGAUUCAGUGCCGGCAGCAGACUAUGGAAGAAGUGAAGAGUGGAUACAACAUUCAGCUCAGUCAGCUGCAGAUGACCAUCAACACCCUGGAGACAGAGCUGCAGCAGCUGAAAGUCUCCAUCGAGCAGCAGCAAUCCGAGUACAAGAUGCUGCUGGACAUCAAGAUGAGGCUGGAGAUGGAGAUCGCUGAGUACAGGAGGCUGCUGGACGGAGAGAUAUAUGAACAAAAGAAGACUGUGGUCAUCAGCAAGGUUGUGGAGGUGGAAGAGCAUAAACCCCACAUCGAGAGGAGAGUGAAGACCAUCGUGGAGGAGAUUGUUGAUGGAAAGGUGGUGUCCUCCAGCGUUGACACCCAGGUGGAGGACGUUCAGUAACACCUUGGCUCACUUUUGCUGCCACUAACUUUUUUACAUACUCUUACAAUACUUGCUAAUGAAUGAUUCACUAUAGUCAGUGGUUAACUUGUAAUUUCAAGCUGGCUGUAUACAAGGUAUAAGAUAGUUUUUAAAAGGGGUUACCUUGGGUUUCUUUCCUUUUUCUUUUGAUUGCAAUGAUAAAGCAAAGUUGCAGCAAGUGAUGAUCUUUUCUUGGCGGAUGCUUACUCUGUUGUGAGACCUAAAUAUGAUUAAAAAGGCCAAAAAUU